AUGUGCACGCCCGAGGACGUGGACAUCAGUGGCGCGCUGGCGUGGGCGGAGGCCAUCCCGAGGGCGCCCAAUGGACGCAUGCGAGCGUGGCUCGACGUGGAGGCGGACGCUGCCGCGGGCGUUCCGCGGAGCAUGCUGUGGACGGCAUCGCUCGUGCUGCUCCGCCACCUCGAGGCGGAGCACGCGCCGGGGCACUGGCGCGGCAAGCGAGUGCUCGAGCUGGGCGCCGGGAUGGGACACCUCUCGGUCGGCCUCUCGCGGCUCGGGGCAACCGUCGACGCGACCGAGGCCGGCGGCUCCAACUCCACGGGCGACGGCCUCGCGGCGCUGGCGGCGUGGUCGCGCCGCCUGCUUGCAGAGCGUGACGGCGGCGGCGUCGCGGUGGGCGACGACGGGCGGCUAUCGGCCGGACUCGCCGCACACGGCGGCACGCUGUGCACGCGCGAGCUGUGGUGGGGCUCUGGCGACGGGCUGUCGCGGGACUUUGAGGAGGGAUACGACGUCGUCGUGCUGUCCGAGCUCGUGUUUGAGGAGGAGCUGCACGGCGCACUCGUCGACACGCUCGGCCGCGCGCUCCAGCCGGGGGCGGUCGCGUACUGCGUCUUUUGCGACCGCCCGUUCUCGCAGCUCUUCUUUGUAGAGCUGGCCGACGCCGAGGGGCCGCCGUACGAGGUGGAGGCGGUGGAGCCACGGGAGCUGCUCGGCAUGGACACCGAACACGAGGAGCUCCAUCUUCACCGCUUCACGAGGCCUCCGAAGGCGACCACCGCGUGA